AACCCCCUAAAUCAUGGCUAAGAUACUCUUCUUCUUGUUUCUUGUUUGGCUAAUGGGUGCUCUUGGAGCUGCAAAAACCAACUUUUUAGAUGAUGUCAUCCUGUCAGAGCUUGAUGAUUUGGAUGUAGAAGAUGGUGAUGAAGCAGAGUUGUUUGACCUCCCCAGAUUGGGAAUUGAACGCGGCAACAAGAUUCUUGUCAAUGUAGAUAGCUUUGGUGCAGUUGGUGAUGGCGCUUCAGAUGACACCAAGGCUUUCGUUGAUGCGUGGAAACAAGCUUGUUCAACACCAAAAUCAGUCUUCUUUGUCCCUGCAGGACGCAAUUAUCUAGUAAAUGCAACAAGGUUCCGAGGGCCUUGUGUGGGCAUACUGAGAGUCCAGAUUGAAGGAACUAUAGUAGCACCGGAUGAUCCUAAGAACUGGAAUUUUGCAAAGAAUGGACGAAUUUGGCUUGGCUUCUUUAACUUGACUGGAGCUCUGUUCCAAGGAGGAGGGGUCAUUGAUGGAUCAGGCAGCAAAUGGUGGGCAGCUUCAUGCAAGAAGAACAAGACUAAUGCUUUAACUAUCUAUGGGAGCUCAGGUAUAAAGGUGAAGGACCUAACAAUCCAAAAUGGCCAACAGAUGAAUUUCGCCAUUUCUCGAUCAGACUCUAUACGCAUAACUGGUGUUACAGUGUCUGCUCCUGAAGACAGUCCUAAUACUGAUGGAAUCCAUAUAACUGAAUCUACAAAUGUUGUACUCCAGAAUUCCAAAAUUGGAACAGGUGAUGAUUGUGUCUCUAUUGUCAAUGCUAGUUCCAGUAUCAAGAUGAAGAGAAUUUACUGUGGACCUGGCCACGGAAUCAGCAUUGGGAGCCUUGGUAAGGACAACUCUGUUGGUAUAGUUACUGGGGUUGUACUUGAUAAUGCAUUUCUCAGAGGUACCACAAACGGUCUGCGGAUCAAGACAUGGCAGGGAGGAUCAGGUUAUGUGCGUGCAGUGCGCUUCCAGAAUGUAAGGAUGCAAAAUGUUUCCAAUCCUAUCAUCAUUGACCAAUUCUAUUGUGACUCACCAAAGUCUUGCCAGAAUCAGACAUCUGCAGUUGAGAUAAGUGAGAUAGUAUACCGGAAUGUUAGUGGUACUUCAAAGAGCCAAAAGGCAAUCAAAUUUGCAUGUAGCGACAACGUGCCCUGCAGCCAUAUUAUUCUGAACAACAUCAACUUAGAGACCAGAGAUGGUACUGCUGAGGUCUACUGCAACUCCGCCACAGGGAUUGGUUAUGGUUAUAUUCAUCCAUCAGCAGAGUGUCUCAACUCCUCUGACAAGAAAAUUAAGCAGAAAAUGGAUGCUGGACUUGACGAACCAAGGGAAGAAUACAUCGUUCAUACUGAGCUAUGAAUAGCCAUCCACAUGCCAUCACUCAAACACAUAUUUUUAAUAUACAUCUCGUAGUUUAGUUCUUACUUAUUUGAGUAAUCUCAGAUUCUGAGAUUCCUAACUAGGUAAGAUAACAGAUAAAUACUGUUAUACAGAGAUUCAUUAAAAAUAUUUAUAUAAGACAUAUUAUAUACAUAAUUUUCUUCCAUGAUAAGCUGAAUGUAAUACACAAAUUUAUUGAGAAUUAUGUUCAGUGUGUAAAUAUAUUGAGAGGACCAUUUUCUCAUAGCUAUGGACUAUGGUGAGUACUCCCUCUCAAAUAUUCUAAACCUUUU